CCCGCUCCACGCCCCGACCCCCUCCCAACCACCCCGUCUCUCACGCGUGUCGCCGCCAUCGCCGUUCCUCGUGGCGACAUCACGUUCCUGCUGUCUCCGCCCCGUCCGCAAUCUCUGGCAAUUGAGUUUUGAGAAAUGGAGAACUUGCAGUAUGCGGAAGAACUCGUGAGGGAGUUUCUCGUGUUCAGGGGUUUCACAAGUACGCUGCAAGCUUACGAGGCAGAAUUGUCCACCGAGAUUGGCAGGAGCUUUGAAGUAGACAAGAUACUAGACCUAGUGUUCUCAGUGUAUAUACCCAAGUACCAACUGGAUAGACUGCUAAGCCUCUUUAGCUUCUUUAAGCAAUGUUUCACUUCACCUACGGACACGGUGCAUUACACGGCGCUCGUUAAACUGGAGCAAUCAAUAUUGCGGUAUUACGUCGUCAGUGCUUUGAAAUCUGGAAGGCAAGAAAAAGUCGUUGAAUUCUUCAGCGCAAGUGGCAAUUAUCUGAUGCAAAAUCGUGAAGAUUGGCUACCAUGGUUUGCUAUACCAUAUAUUAAAAACCCAGGCUUGGAUCCUCAGUUCCGUAUGUACUUCUCCAAAGAAUGGUCAGAUACCUUGGUUCUUUCAUUUCGGAACUUUUUGAGCGGGAUAUUCAGUGGUACUCGAAUCCCGGCUCUUAUGAAGAUUAGCACUGAAAAGAAUACCAUCAAAUGCCUCAAGAGUGACAUAAAACAACUGAAUAGCAAAUUGUCAGAGCUACAAGCGCUGUUAGAGGUGAAGGAAGAUGAACUUUCUUCGUUGAAAAGGAAUGAUAGCAGCGCUGAGUUCAGACACAAGAAUUUACUCAAGACUACUACAGCUGGCUCCUCUCUUGAGGGACAAAACAUCUCAGGAGUCUACGAAGAAUCCUCGACUUCAAGUAGAACUGGACAGGGCCUUGACUCACAGACUUCGAGUUCAGCGAAAUCUUCUACAAGAGAUGGCGAAUUACAUGGAUCUUUUCAGAUGAGCAAUGCAGAUGAUGAGCAGGUUUUAGUGACAGAGGAAGACUUUCCUGAGGUGAAAGUAGGUUUUCAGGAAACAUUUUUAGGCCAUAACAGUUCAAUAAGUAGCUGUCGAUUUUCUGCUUCUGGAACAAAUAUUGCUAGUUCAUCGACUGAUGGCACAGUGAGAAUCUGGACAUAUGACUCAUCAACACCAUCAUCUAAAAAUGCCACUAUAUACUGUGGGGCUGAAGUCAGCACACUUUCUUGGGAAUGCAGAUCUGACCGCUUGCUGCUCAUAGGCACAGCUAAUGGAGGUAUCAAAGCUUGGAAUGCUGAUGCAAAGAGAGUUGUUUGUGACCUGAGUACAUCAAAAGAUUUUCCAAGUGUGCUUGAUUUGAAGUGUAGCCCUGUAGAUCCUGUGUUCGUCUCUGCAGCUGCAUCAAGAAGGCAUGGAUCAACUAUAUUUGACAGAACCGGAUUUGCUUCCUUGACAGUAUGGCAUAUGAAAACAUGGAAGCCUCUGACAGUCCUCCCUCUUGGUGAGGAUCCACCUGCUAUUACCUCUGUUUGCUUCAAUCACAAUGGGAAGAUCCUGGCAGCCUCUGCAACAGAUGGAAUGAUUCACAUGUUUGACAUGUCUGCUGGUCUUCAAAUCACUGGAUGGCCUGCCCAUGAUUCCCCUGUUAGCUCAGUUCUUUUUGGGCCAGCUGAAACAAGCAUCUUCAGUUUAGGCGCAGAUGGAAAGAUAUUUGAGUGGAGCUUGCACAAUCAAGGUCAGAUUCUUUGGUCAAGAGAUUGCAGUAGGUUUUGCAACCCAGAGAGCUUUAGCAAACGCAUGCAUGAGGUAGCAUUGGAUUCUAAUGGCAAGAGGCUCCUUGCUACGUCGGGUUUGGUCCGGGCCCCAAUAUACCAGGUGCAAGGUCACGAAAGUGGGCUGAGGACACUUCCUCAUAGUGCACCUGUAACAAGUGUGGACUGGCAUCCCACGCUGCCAAUCUAUGUUACAGGUUCUGCAGACCACUCUGUCCGGGUCACAUCCAUUCUGUGAUGUCUAUGACGAAGGGUUUCCCUUGAGAUUUCGCUCACAUUUCAGUGUAACCGGAGGUGCUGCUCCGUGGACCUCCAAGGAUGCUCAAUCCCCACCACAUGCUGUUCCCGAUAGUGUCUCAUCCAGAUAGAUCCUUUUGCAUCUGAAAACUGUUGUGUGUUUGUAGACUUUGUGAGUCGGUGUAACAAUGUUGUAAAAACGGGUCAAAGUUUAUUGAUCUGUUACAUGGUAAUAGGAUCCCAGGAGUAUAAUGUAACUUCUACAGCAGGUUUCCCUGUUUCGAAAUCAACAGGGGUUGUUGCUUAUGUUUGUUUGAGAGUAGCUUAUCGCGUGGUACAUGUACCACGCGAUACAGGAGUUGUUGCUUUGCACCAAUUUAAUGAUGUAUUACAGUACUUCCUUUUUCCCUAGAAACAAGAUGCAUCUCUGUUCAAGGAAUGAGGAACUUGAUUAUAAA